AACUUCUGUAGCAGCCACCUCUGCUGGCAGCAACGAACAGGCAAGAAUUGCAGCAGGGGAGGGGUUGCCCUCCAGGAGGAAUGAAGAAAGGUAGCAUCAGCUGGAGGAUCCUUUCACAGCCUUUCAUGUUGACAAGACUCUAGUAAGGAAGCACAUGGCGUCACUUUUGAUUGGGGAAUUGGCACCUGAUCAGCCCAGCUUUGAACCUAGUAAAAAUAAAUUACUAGUAGAAGAUUUUCGGGAGCUGGUGUCCACUGUUGAAAAGAUGGGACUCUUCAAGCCAAAUCAAUUCUUCUUUUUCCUGAUCCUUCUGCAUAUUUUACUGCUGGAUGCUGCUGGCUGGUUUGUGAUGUGGUACUUUGGGACAUCUAUAACACCUUUUCUUCUUGCGACAUUUUGUUUGACCCUUGCACAGUCUCAAGCAGGCUGGCUGCAACAUGAUUUGGGGCAUCUUUCAGUCUUCAGCAAUCCAAAAUGGAACCACCUUUUUCAUGAAUUUGUGAUGUGCCAUUUAAAGGGACUUUCAGCUAAUUGGUGGUCUUUGCACCAUUCCCAGCAUCAUGCUAAACCCAACUGUUUCGAGAAGGACCCAGACGUUUCAUUUCAUCCCAUUAUUUUGUCAUUAGGGGAACCUCUUUCUUUGGAGUUGGGUUUGCAGAAAAAGAAAUACAUGCCUUAUAACUAUCAGCACAAAUAUUUUUUCUUCACAUUGCCACUACUUGUAGUACCAACUUUUCAAGUUUACUCAUUGUACUUUAUAUUCCAGCGCAAACUCUGGAGGGAAAUGGCAUGGACUUUUGCAUAUUUUAUCCGAUUCUUUAUUGCCUUCAACCCCAUAUUGGGAUUCAAGGGUAUUCUGGGAUACCUCCUUCUUUUGAAUGUUCUUGAGAGUAUCGUAUUUACAUGGAUAUCGCAGUUGAAUCAUCUUCCUAUGCACAUUGAUCACGAUAAAAACAUGGAUUGGUUCUCUACACAGCUUCAGGCAACAUGCAACGUGAAUCAAUCUUUUUUCAAUGACUGGGUAACGGGGCACCUGAAUUGUCAAAUUGAGCACCAUCUCUUCCCUAUGAUGCCUCGGCACAACCUUUGGAAGGUGACUCCUUUGGUGAAAUCCAUGUGUGCCAAACAUGGUAUUGAAUAUCAAUCAAAACCCCUCUUCACUGGCUUUGCUGACAUUGUGCAUUCCUUGAAGGUUGCAGGUGAAAUCUGGUUCAAAGCAUAUCAUUAUGAACAGAAAAUACCAAAUUCUAAAAUCUGCCUUCAACAAGGGAAGGAGGGUGAAGAGACAUGA